AUGAGCUCCUCCUUGGAGUGGCGAAUGCGCAAGCAGCAGAGCAAGCUAGGGUUGCCGGUAGACGAGCCGGAGCAGCAGCAGGAGAAGUUAGGCUGGCCGUUAGUUAAGCCGGAGCAGCAGCACAGGGAGUUAGGGUGGCCGAUAGAUAAGCCGGAGCAGGAGCAGGGGGGAUUAGGGUGGUCUGUAGAUAAGUGGGUGGAGGAACAGGGGCAGCGGCGACCACAGCAUCAUACGGCUGACGCAAGCAGCAGCUUCUUCCACGUAGGCAGCACCGCAAAUCUAGUCAGCAACGGCGUCAUCCGUGUAGAUAGCAGCCGAGUAGAGAUCCACGUGGAAUUAGCAGGAGACGAGAGAGCAGCAGCGAAGGAGGAUGGAGCGGAAUUAGAACGAGCAGCGGCGGUCAGAUGGCGGGCGGAGAGGCAGUUGAUGAUUGCGUUGAGAGCAGCGGCAGCAGGGGGGUGGGUGGGGGCACUGGAAAGGCCGAGAGCUGUAGGGAACGCGAGUGUCUCAGGUUCGGCUCAACAGUCGCUAGGACAACCGAGAGUAGCAGGGAACGUGGGUGCCAACGUGGCAGGGAACGUGGCCAGGAACCUGCGUGCUACUGCGUUGAGGAGCAGGAAGCUGGCGGCCGCGAAGCUGCCGUCACAGAAAGGCUUCGUGAGCAUAGACUGUGGCUACAUGGGAUCUGCUGGAGCUAGCAACCUCGGUCUCAAGUGGUUACCAGACACGGCAGCGCCGGGCGGCAGUGUGGCGGUGAUCACCCGCGUGCCGGACGAACUGGUGGGGCAGGUGACGGUGGAGCAGACGCUGAGGGUGUUUGACGAUGGGAAGCCGUCAAACUGCUACCAGAUCCCCCUGGUUGCCCCAGGUCGCUACCUGGUGCGUCUCACCUUCUGGUACGGCAACUACGAUGGCAAGAACAUGCCACCCGUUUUCAACGUCACAGUCGGCACUGUGUCGCUAGGCCAGUACACGCCAUCUAACGACCAGAUUCUUGUACUGGAGGUGAUAGUAACGGUGCCAGCGCGCACCAUGGCCAUCUGCCUCGUGCGCGUCUCCGCCGACCCCAUUAUCAACGCCAUUGAAGUCCGCCCGCUCCCCGCCGGUGCUUAUAACGCCAGCGACUAUAGCGAGCAGGUGCUGCUGAACUACUGGAGGCUCACUUGUGCUGGCGACUCGUUCUUUGUGGGCUCUUAUCGGUAUCCCGAUGACCCACUCGAUCGUGUGUGGUACGCAGACAUGCCUCUCUUUGGCGACCCCACUCCCGGCACCUACACCUACAUCCCUUCAGCCGCCUCUGUAGCGGUUGCCAACACCAAUGUGGCCAUCCCUGCCAGCAUGAGCAGCAAUGCCGUGCCUCAGUUUGUGGUGCAGAAGGCGAGGACGACUAAGAGCCCUCAGGGCCUCACUUAUCGCUUCUAUGGGCUGGCUCCGGGGAAGUACCAGGCCUAUUUAUAUUUCACAGACAUCAUUCCUCCUACUCCUACUGCCAAGGUCACCACCAACACCAGCGCCCCAUCAGCUGACUUGCUGCUCGCCAUUCUCAUCAACGGCGCACCUCUCCUGCGCAACGCCCCCGCCCUGCCCUCUGCCGCUAACCGCCAGUGGAACAAAAACACCGCCGGGCAGCUCAGCUUCGCUUUUGACGUCGUUGGGGCAGCUGGAGGGGCAGGUGGAAAUGCGACGGCAUCAGCGCAGGGGGCCGGGCAGGGGGGCGGGCAAGGGAACGGACAGGGGAACGGGCAGCAGCAGGGGCCGCUGGGAACGGUGGCAGAGACGAGCAUACAGCUGAAGGCAGAGGAAGGGAGUAGGGUGAAGGAGGUGGGGCUGGCUGGGCUCGAGCUGUAUACUGUGGUGGAGCCAAAGGCUGCUGUGCCAAAGGAGCAAGUUCGCGCCCUGUCAUGCAUCAAAGCACAGAUGGGCGGGGCAGCAGCGUUGGAUGGCUGGACUGGCGGGGCAACCCUCACAGCGUUGGAUGGCUGGACUGGCGACCCCUGCUACCCCAUUGUGUGGCCGGGAGUCACUUGCAAGACCUCCCGCCUCCAUUCUUCCGUCAUCGGCCUGAAUCUAACCCACCUCAACAUCUCCGGUCCUUUCUCAGCCUGCAUCUCCGAGCUCACCACACUGCAGACUCUCUGGAUGGACCACAACCGGCUUCAAGGCUCCAUCCCCUCGUCUAUUGGGAACCUCACCCAGCUGCGAUCCAUCAAGCUCAACAACAACAAGCUGUCAGGGCCUGUCCCCGCCUCCCUUGCUGCUCUGCCCAACCUGCAGUUCCUAGACCUAAGCUCCAACAAUCUCUCCGGCCCCUUACCUUUCAACAGCUCCAGCGACGUGCAGAUUGGUGUCUCAGGCAACCUCAAUCUCUGCUCCCCAGACGCCUCCUUCGGCCUCCCUCCCUGCAACAACACCAUCCCCACCCCCUUCUCCUCCCCAUCUGACACGUCAGCACAAACUGCCACGUCACCUGCAGCCAUGAGCACAGCUGUCCUCAUGGCGCUCAUCCUAGGUGUCAUAAUCGGCGUGCUAAUGGUGCUCCUCGCCAGCUGGCUGCUGCUGAGGUGGCAGCAGCGGGCGGCAGAGAGAGGAGGCAUGGGAGGAAGGAGCGGUGCUGGUGGUGGUGGUGGCGGUGAUGGUAUGGGGGGAGAUGGGUUGGGGCAGCAGCCGCCUGUGGUGGUGUAUGUGCAUGGGGACACGGGGGCUGUGACCGUGCAAGCAGCAGACUCUGCUGGAGCAACUCUCUACACACAGAGCAACCAAGACCUCCUCUCGCCCAAGGCUGCUGCAGGCUUGGCCCCUGCAGCAGUAACAGCAGCAGCAGCAGCGAAAACAGCAGCUUUGGAAGCAACCGACUCACCUGCAUCCAAAGCCGCUGGCCUCCCAGCGUUUCCUGCCAGCCAAGAGGAGACUCCCCUGCUGGCUCCUGCUCCUGACAAGCCGCCAUCAGCAGCAGCAGCGGCCGUGUCAGCAGAAGCAGCAGUGCCAGCAGCGCCGACCGAGGGGAUGGUUGUGCCAGGUGCUGGGAAUGCUGUGGGACCAGCAGCGUUUGCUGCAGGAGCAGCAGCGCUUGCCACAGGUGCAGUAGCGGCUGCUACAGCCAGAUCUCCUGCAAGAGGGAAGGCGGCAUCAACUCCUGUUGCAAGUCCGGCUGUGGCGCAGGGCUUGGCAGUUAGAGGAGCAGCAAGCGCAGGCCCGCUGGCCGCUGCAGGUGCUGAUGCUGCUGCUGGUGCUCCCGCUACAGAUGCUACUGAUGCUAGUGGUAUUAGUGCUACUCCUGUAGCUGCUACAGCCGCCGUUGCUACAGCCGCUGCUGCUACAACCGCUGCUGCUGCACGUGCCGAUCAUUCCAUGGCAUACUUAGUCGCCCCAGGCUCCUCCGCCCGCCGCUUCGCCCUCGCAACCCUCUCCACCGCAACCAACCACUUCUCACCGUCCGAAAUCAUCGGGUCAGGGGGCUUUGGGCCUGUAUACCGGGGUGUGUUACCAGACGGACGGAUGGUAGCAGUGAAACGCAGGGACGAUGAUUCAUUGCAAGGAGACAGGGAGUUUGUGAAUGAGGUGGACCUGCUCUCCCGAGCCUGCCACCCGAACCUGGUGGAGCUGGUUGGGUACUGCAGAGAGGCUCGGCAGCACCUGUUGGUGUAUGAGUUCAUGCCGAACGGGACGGUGAGGGAGCAUCUGUACGACCAGAUGGGGCAGCCUCUCGGCCGGCUGCGAUGGCUUACACGCAUUCAGAUCGCACUUGGUGCUGGUAGAGCCAUCCAGUACCUACACACGUGUCUCCAGCCACCCAUCAUUCAUCGUGACAUCAAGACAAGCAACAUCCUGCUGGACGGCCGGCUGAACGCGCGGGUGGCAGAUUUUGGACUGUCCCGGGUGGGCCCGCAGGACAACAGGAGCCACGUGUCUACCGUUGUCAAAGGCACGGCGGGAUACCUGGAUCCUGAGUACUUCACCAUUCAGCAGCUGACGGAUCGCAGUGACGUGUUCAGUUUCGGUGUGGUGCUGCUGGAGUUGAUAUCGGGCCAGCAGCCCAUCGACCUCAACCGCCCCCAGCAGCACUGGAGCAUCAUUGACUGGGCGCGCGACCACUUGCAGCAGGGCAACAUCCGGGCAGUAGCAGACCCCACUGUUAAUGCUUUCCUCGAUCCCCCUGCCCUUACAUGCACUUUCUCACCCCUCCCUAUCCCAGGCGCGCGACCACUUGCAGCAGGGCAACAUCCGGGCAGUGGCAGACCCCACCCUCCUCCCGCACGAGUGGGACGAAGAAGCCAUGUGGCGGGUGGCGGAGGUCGGCAUGGUGUGUGUCGAGCCCAAGUCACUCAACCGCCCUCCGAUCACCGAGGUGGUGGUUGA